AUGCCUUCAAUACACCCCGCAAAAAUUGUCUUCCGAAAGAUCCCUGUCAAAGUAACCGUAUACGGCAACAUCCUACUCUACAAUCUGACCAUCUCCGACCCCAACGAAUGUGCGACGGUGGCGGGUCCGAAUGCGAAUGCAACUAUCAUCAAAUACUUUCAAGACAAGGGCUAUUGCGAGAUCUACAACGGUGGGCUGUCUUACAGUUUGUCGACCUCUUGGUACGCAGGUGAGCGGUUCGAUGUGGUUGAGUUAAAUAACAGCAGUUUGUUGAUUUCAGUGACCGGCAAGGCGGCGUAUACGCAGUAUGUGCGGUCGCGUGGGAUGUGCUCUUGCGCUGACGGGACUGAUGGCGAGCGAGCGCUGAUCGAUUUUGGUGAGUAUGGUCUAAAUGGAAGCCCUUCCUGGAAGAAGAACCUUUGCCUUCCAGAAUUUUUGGUCGGCUACGCCCCUGUUUAUCAGUCUGCCGGGAAAAUAAUCAGCGCAAUGCCGCUACACCGAACAGGUCGCUAAAGUGAAAAGCAAUUCGAUUUUGCCGCGACGCAAUUCGUUUUCUUGGCGGCGCUGCGAUUUUCGGUGCGAUUUUGCGCUCACAAGCGAAGUACCCCAAGUGCAGCGCUCAGAUUUUGUUUAAAUUUUGCACACACGUCGGGCAUGGACUAGGUUUCAAUUCCUGAAAGUUUUGGCUCGCCGAGAGAGUAUGGCAAACGCCGAAUUUUGUGGAAACAUUACCCUCUAUGCUAGAAAUGGCCAUGAAAAUUUCCAUGCCAAAAAUCGCAAAAAAAUUUUAAAAUCUUCUCCGACUUUCGAUCUAAAAAUCUCAGAUGUUUCUGCAAAGCGCGAGUUUGGAUUCUCGCAUAAACUUUAGAAAAAAUUAGUCUAAAUUUGUGCCAAGUUUCAUCAAAAGCGCAAACUUGGGGUACUUCCGCUGUCAAUAUUUUCUCGACGGACUGAAAUCCCACUUCAAUUCACUCAAAAUUUUUUUUAACGUGUCUUUCCGUUUCUGGUUGUCCGCAACCCGCGCACGUCAAACUGAGGAGUCCGGUGACCGGAAUAGACUUUUCGCUAUCGGUUUUUUACACUUCGUCUUGAUUUCGCAGAGAAAGAGAGAAAAAAGACGCGCAAAAGCGUACUCUCUCGCCCUAAAAAUUCCCCAUUUCUUCCCCGACAAAACGUUUUUUCGCGUCUUUUUUUGGCAAAUUGCCAAUCCAUUCACCGGACUGUUUUAGAUUAUCUCAGUUUGACGUGCCGCGUCUUGCGAUAGCUUCCAAACAAUUCAACGAAUUUAAAAUUUGUUUUAGUCUACUAUGAAAACGCAUGCAUUCCCGCCUAUGAUUUUGCCUACGACAAAGCGACCAACUACUGUGUCGGUCAGGUAAGUUGAAAAAAUACCCAAACAGAGUUCCUUUCAGAGUUCCGCUCAAGGGGUGAGCGACAACUACGCGAAUGGAUACGGUUUGUGGAGAACGGGCGCUACCAGCAACUACACAUUGUUUUACAUGACCAGAGCGCGUAAGUACAGCACGUCGGGAAAAUAAUGAGCACAAUGUCGCAGCAAAAAUCGCAAAUUAAUUCCAGAAGCCACUCAAAUGACGAAAUAUACGUGCACCGCGGUCGUUUCGUACCGUGUUCCCUUCGGCGACACUUGGUAUUGCAUGUCGUUGGCGGCCGUCACCCCCAACAACUUUUCGCUUUGGUCCGACAACUAUUGUGGCCAAGUACUGACCGAUGGCUACGGCGUCAAAUUUGUGCAUCCUCUGGUUUAUGGCUUUGUCUAUGGUAAAUUUCUCAAUUAAAUUUUGAAGCCAUAUUUCUACUUUUUUUUAGCGUUUAUUCAAUUUUUUCAGUGUUCAGUCAAGCGAAAGGAGUAACGGGUCUAACAACAUACGAUGGGUCAACCUAUGUCUACAACGACAACUCCACGGUACCCAGUAAUUUGACGCUUCCCUGGGCCAGCGGAUAUCCGAAAGGAAACCCUUAUGUCUUUGUUACGAAACAGAUGAGUAAGUUUUGGUUUUCAGCUGACUAAAGCCAAAGUUUAAUUCACUUAUAGCGCUUCAAGACUCAAAUACGAACACUGGAAAUUACUUGAAUUGUAUGGGACCUGUUCAAUUGCGGUAG